AUGGAAAACCAGGAAGCUACCCAAGCUCAGGGGCUGAGCGAUGUAGAAGUCCCAGCUGAGCGGCAGGCAGCUGCAUCACAGGAGGAAGUACCCCGGUGUAAGACUAAAUUGCCCGAAGAACAUCUCAAUGCCGAACAGUUGAAACUAAUGGAGAGUGGCAUGCCCCUGACAGCCUUGCCACCGCACUCCAAUCAUGUUGGACUUCCAAAUGGCCUCAAAGAGACCAAUCAGACACGUCUUAUGGCAGAGCAAAGAGAGAGCAUCAACGGAAGUUCUGCCGCAGAGGACAAAAUCGGUAUAUCUAACGGCGACCAACCAACCACAAAUGGCCAAGCAAAGAAGUAUCCCAAGCUUCCUGGCAUUAUAUUCGACAUUGGCGACGUGUUGUGCAACUGGACAGCUCCAGAAUCCCUGCCAGUGGCCCCGGCCAUGCUGCACCGAUUUCGCAAAACACGAUUCUGGUAUGACUAUGACCUUGGAAUGAUGUCACAAGAUGAAUGUUAUCACCAACUGUCGAAACAAUACGACGUGGCAGAAGCGGAUAUCGCCGAAGCUUUCGACAAGGCCCGCGAGUCCUUGUCACCCAACGGUGCGGUGUUUGAUAUCAUCAGGGCGAUCAAGGACACCUACCGAGAGGCUAUCAAAGUAUACCUCAUGUCGAACAUACCAGCAGCGGAAUGGCAAGUUCUGAAAGAAGAUACGCGCUUCGAGUGGUCUCUGUUUGAUGGAUUCUACACUUCUAGUGCGGUGGGGAUGUGCAAACCUGAGCUUCGCUUUUACCGCCAUGUCCUACAGCAGACGGGCUUGAAACCCAGUGAAGUCGUGCUAGUGGACGACAACGGCGAGAAUGUGCUUGCUGCACGGUCGCUGGGUAUCAAGAGCCUGAGGUUCACCGGAGCGCUAGGCUUGAAUCAAUUUUUGAAGAAUGUCUUCGAUGAUCCUAUCGAGAGAGGUCUUGCCUUUUUGAACAACAAUGCAAAGGAGAUGUGGAGUGCCACCACCCAGGGCAGAGAAGUCAAAGAUAACUUCGCCCAGUUGUUCUUGUACGAAGCCGUGGGAGAUAUUGAUCUCGUCACCUUGACUUUCUACGAUUGGACGUGGAACUAUUAUAUCGAAAAGCCGAUUGACACCGUUGAGAAGUUCCCUGAUGAUAUUGAUACUACUGCAUUGGCACUUGUUUUACUAUGCAACGAUGUCAAGAAGGCCAACGACAUCAUGGACGAGGUACUGCGGUAUACCAAUGCUGACGGCAUCAUCAUGACUUACUUCGACAACAAACGCCCCCGUGUGGAUCCGGCCGUCUGCGUCAACGCGCUUCGCCUCUUCUACAAGUUCUCGCGUGGUGAUUCACCGGCACUCCAGCCAAGUAAGGACUGGAUCUCGGAUGUCCUCUUCUAUCGAGCCUACCUGGAUGGCACUUAUUACUAUCCUACGGCCGACGUCUUCCUGUUUCUGUUCAGUCAUCUCCUGAGUGCGAAUCCUGAAAGCGACAUGUAUCGUCGCACGGCAUCGCUGCUGCGAGAGAGACUGCAGGAACGAAUUGGGGCCAAUGGAGACGCCCUUGAACUGAGCAUGCGAGUGAUUGCGUGCCUCAAUAUGGGUAUCAAGGAUGAGGUAGACCUAAGGAAAAUCGAGGCAAGCCAGCAAGAAGAUGGCGGGUGGGAGAUUGGCUGGCUGUGCCAGACUGGCAAGACAAGCCUCAAAAUUGGUAAUCGAGGCUUGACCACCGCCCUAGCCGUCAAGGCGAUUGAAAUGGGGAGAAAACGGGGUUAG